AUGUUUGGGUGCCUUGUAGCUGGACGGCUUCUGCAAACCAAUCUUGUGCAAGUCGAUGAAACAAAGGCGACGUUCUCGAUCCCGAAUCCCGAGACGAUAAAUCAUCUAUGUGUCUUUCUUCUUGGAACUGUGCCAUUCCCCGAUGGCUACGCCGCCACUGUGCAUUUUCAUUUACCGGGGAAGGGAUUCCAGCUUUUAGGGAUGCUAUCUAAUGAAAAGCCUUCCGCCAUUUUUCGAGUAAAAUCAGUCAGCCAGGCACUCGUCGCCGAACCCAGCGAUACAGAGGCCGUAAUAGGGGUCUCCAUCGAGCCAUUCCAAGCGGUUUUAGCACAAGUGGCAUCCCUUUCAUCGAACCAAGCAGCACUUGUUGUCACCCACCCGCCUACAAUACUCCCGUCACCGUCUUCCCGUCUUGCAGAUCCGACAUUCCUUGCACAACAGAUAGGAAAACAUCUAUUCAAUUUCCUUUCAUCAUUUGCUGUAUCUGGAAUGAAGGGACAAGGAGAUAGUGUGGUUUUUUCUAUGGCGGACCUGAAUCAUUGGUAUGAGAAAUUGGUGAUGAAAAUUAGGAAUGGAGGAACAGCGUUUUUGGAACGAGAGGCAUGA